AUUCACAUAAGACAAUUUUGGGUCAGCUCAGCUACUGACUUACUACAAGCUCAAAGUACAAACCAUGAGUCCAUGAGAGACCACUUUUGAUAACCAACAAUGGCACUUCUCACCAUUGCCAGGAGGCUCCAAAGAACACAUCUCAAACACUCAUUACCCUCUCUCCUCCACGUAUCACUUGCUCAACCACCACUUCCAUCUUCACCCUCUUCGAAUCAAUUCUCUCAGACAUAUUAUCAAACACAACUCGUUCUCUCUCGUCCCUUCCCCCAAAACCCCCAUUUCUCUACCCUCCAACCCUCCCAUCAUCAAAAUCUCCAUGAAACAAUCGAUUUCAGUGAAUCUAUCGAUGAAGCCCAUCAAAAUAACCAAUUGGGUGUCCGUGAAUUGGUCGAAGCACUCAAAAAUGCUGACCAGUUUUCCUCUGAAGGGGAAGCGAUUGAGUUUCUUGACGAGAAUGGUGUCGAACCGAACGAAGAUUUGGUUUAUUGGGCGGUUUGGGCAUUGAGAGAUGAAUGGGAAUUGGCGUUUGUGGUUUUCAAAUGGGGUGAGAAAUGGGGUUGUUUGGGUGAAAAGAAUUGGACUUUGAUGAUUUGGGUUUUGGGCAGCCACAAAAAGUUCAGUACUGCUUGGUGCUUGGUUCGAGACUUGUAUCGGUCUUCUUCUGUGGAUACUCGAAGGCCAAUGCUUGUUUUGAUUGAUAGAUUCACAGCUGCAAAUGACCCAGGCAAGGCUAUACAAACAUUCCAAAUAAUGGAAAAGUUCAGAAUGACUCCUGAUCUGAAAGCAUUCCACACACUCUUGAAUGCUCUCUGUAAACAUGGAAACAUAGAAGAAGCUGAAGAGUUUAUGCUCCUUAAUAAAAAGUUCUUCCCAUUGGAAACCGAGAGCUUCAACAUAAUUCUAAAUGGUUGGUGUAAUAUAUCGGUUGAUGUAUUUGAAGCAAAGAGAAUAUGGAGAGAAAUGUCCAGAUGCUGUAUUACGCCAGAUGCAACUUCUUAUACACACAUGAUUUCCUGCUUCUCAAAGGUCGGGAAUCUCUUUGACUCACUGAGAUUGUAUGAUGAAAUGAAGAAAAGGGGUUGGGUCCCUGGCAUUGAAGUGUACAACUCUUUGAUUUAUAUACUUGCUCGUGAGAAUUGCCUGAAGGAAGCUCUUAAAAUUUUGAACAAAAUGAAAGAAGCAGGCGUGCAACCGAAUUCUGCCUCUUACAACUCCAUGAUAUGCCCUCUAUGUGAAGCAACAAAGCUAGACGAGGCAAGGACUAUAUUGGCCACCAUGGUAGGUGAGAAUGUCAGGCCAACUAUUGAGACAUAUCAUGCAUUUCUUGAGGGUGCAAGUGUGGAUGGAACUUUGGAAGUUCUUAACCAUAUGAAGAAAGCCAGUCUUGGUCCAAACCCGAAUACCUUUCUUCUGAUUUUUGGUAAGUUCUUCAAAUUGAAGCAACCUGAAAAUGCACUGAGAAUUUGGGUGGAAAUGAUGACUUAUGGUAUAGUGCCUGAUUCUGCACAUUAUGCUUUAUUAGUGGAAGGACUGGCAACAUGUGGGUUGUUGAUCAAGGCUAGAGAACUUUAUGCUGAGAUGAGAUUGAAUGGCAUUUUAGAUGACCCAAAGCUUAAGAAGCUCUUGAAGAAACCAGCGCAACAUAGUAGUCAUCAAAGGGAAGAACCAAUGACAGUUGUGAGAAACAUUAAGAAAGGUACCCAGGUACAUCCUUGGAAGAGGAGUGUUGUCAUGAGAAGAAAAAAGCAUGGUAAGCAGCCAAGAAAGACAACAAGUGUAACUUAAAACUUUUGACAAAAUAUUUUGAAGAUGGAAUGAUUUAUCUGUUGCAAGCUUGAAAUUGGGAGCUUUGCUAAUGCCAGAUAGGUAAUUGGACCAUUUAUUGGCAUAGCCCUGGAGCGAGCUGCACUCCAGAACCGUAUUGCUGCAACUACAAACAGGCUAUUCAAUUAGUCAGUUUGCUUGUAGCCAUUCAGAAUUAUCUUGAUUUUCAAGUAUGACUGCCCAGAUCUUGGCAAUUGUGUAAUCAAGAUGUCUAAAUUAAACAACUUCAAUUAGAGAUUUUUUGUGGUGAUAAUCUGAAGGAACACCACUGGGAUUUGAUUGAAAGUUUUUUAUUUAGCGGAUGCCCUAUUUGAAAUGAAAGGGCCAUAAGAGGCUAGAUCAAUCUUUAUGAAAAUUUUGUACAAAUUUGUAUUGCUUUACCCCUCUUAAAUAGGGCAUGUGAAAAUGAACAGUAUCAUUCUAUUCUAUGCACAUAUAUGUAAAACUAAUUUGAAUGA